AUGGGAUGGCUCAUAGUGGGCUCUGACAGCCUUCAAAUGACUCUCACAAUGAAGUCAGAGUUAAUUUGUUCAGAUCAACCAAUCAUAGCCCAGCCUGGUGAUGACAUCAUUCUACCAUGUCGCCUUGAUCCCCCCAUCAGUGCCACCCUCUGGACAGUGGAGUGGACCAAACCUGGUCUGGAUGCAAAGUACGUCCAUGUUCACAAAGACGGUCGACUGUUGCAUGAGAUUCAAAAUCCAUCUUAUUAUUAUCAAACGAGACUGUUUGUGGAUGAACUGAAACAUGGAAACGUCUCCAUGAAAAUCUCCAAAGUGAAACUGUCUGAUGAAGGAACAUACAGAUGUUUAAUUCCCUCAGUACAGAAAGAAGCUUCUGUCCAACUCAUUGCAGGUUCAGUCUCUACACCUGUCAUAGAGGUGACUUCAGGUGAAAGUGGAGAAGUGGUGUUAGAGUGUGAGUCUAAAGGCUGGUAUCCAGAGCCUGAGGUGUUGUGGCUGGACGGUGAGGGAAACCUCCUCUCUGCUGGACCUACAGAGACAGUCAGAGGUCCUGAUGACCUCUAUACUGUCAGCAGCAGAGUGACUGUCAGGAGGGGAAACAGCUUCAUCUGUAGUGUUGAACAGAAGAUCAUCAAACAAGUCAGAGAAGCACUCAUACAUGUUCCAGGUAGGAAAUAG